CCGGAAGGACCACGCCCUGGUACGUUUCUUUCCGGAGAAGCAGUGUGCAAGCCUUCAACCAGGGUUGCAAAAGUCAGGUCUUCGGUCUCUUCGGUCUUCGCCUGAUUUUUGCACCAUCAGGUCCUGCGAGGCGUCCUGGACAGACGCCGAGCCCAACCGCCACGGGAUGAGUCGAAAGAGAGUGACCUUCACAGGACGACUGGACGAGGCGGAUGUGAUCCUCGAUGGGAGCCUGUCAGAGGUGGCUGAAACCUUAGCCAAAGUGGAGUCAGGGCCCAAUGCGUCACCUGAAACAAAGGUCUUCAUUGCCAGCGAGGCACUCCGAGCUCUUCUGUUGCGCUGCGAGCUGGUCACACCGCUCAACCUCACCGGAGACACCCAAGAUUCGCAUGUCCGGACCAUGUUUCCGCUGUGGAUCCUCCUGCUGUCCGUUGCGUUGGGCCGUGAGCAGCAUGAGGCGUUGACUCCCCGUGGUGCGUCGACGACAUUGAAAAAGACCUUGCAGAUUCAACCGGAGGAGAUGGCUCAGUCCUUCGCCUGCCUUGCCAGCCUGGUCUUCGUGGCCCAAGGGGCACGCGACUUGAUGCCCUUUUCCCGGCUGCAGGUGAGCUCCCCGCUGAGUGUGGAAGUGAUCACCGAUCCAGGCCGAAGUGAGGCCUCCUUGGCCGUGGCGGCGGAUGACGUCGGCCUCGGCUGGACGGUGCGGGCGAUGGUGGUGCCCAUGACCUUCGGCCCCACGUUGCUUCUGGGUAUGGAUGAUCGUGCUGCCAGGAUGAACUUCCAAUGGCCUGACAAUGCGAAGAAAGCCACGUUGUGGGUGCCUUCAGCCCUCAAAGAGGUUGGCACCACUGGCGGAGCACAGGUGGUGGUCGACAAGGUGACUGGGACAAUGCUGGCGGAUGCCAAGAGCAAUUUGACGGCGAAAGUGUUCGACACCUUCAAUUUGAACAGGUCGACCUUUUUCAUGGCCUCCACCGGUGCCAACAUCACGGUGUUGACAGGUUUCGCCGGGCGUGCCUACGUGGAGGUUGGCGAGCACUGCACGGUGACCCUGGGCUGCGAGGUGCAGGAAGCGACCGUGGAGACCGCCGCUGGUGGCACCUUGCUGAUUAACGCUGAUGAGAAUGUGCUGAAUGUCCACGCGGACGAUGAUGGCUCUGCUAUCAUUGAUGUCGUGAACAUCUCCAACGUGGACUACGAACGGCUCCAGGCCACUGAGGAGCUGGACACCUCCAUCACCGCCAUCGAUGCCGUGAUCCCCUAG